AUGGCGGAUUGCUACAAGCAGCUAUCGUUAACUGAGACUCAUCAAAAGUUGCCAGGACUUCGUGCGCGUCCACGACGUGCAAUUGCUAACAACAUAAUUGAUCUAAAGCAACGUUCCAUAUCGCAUCCCUCAUUUCUUGGGAAACGACGAGUGGUUGAUUAUUCAUCGAACGACGUAAGAUAUCGCCAUCCUUCACGUAGACGCCACGGAAAUGAUCGAAUUGUUAACACCGAACCAUCAUCACAAUUGUUAUCAUCAUCACGUUAUGACUACGGUGUUAUUUCAUCAAUGAAUCCAAAGGUUUCGUAUGCAACAACUUAUCACGAGAUGCCUCAGAAAGCAACUAUAAGACGUAAAGCAAUUGGUAAAAAGUUUCGCUAUGGAAAGACUAAACAAUAUUCUUGGCCAACCGCAAGUUUUGUUCAGACGUCCUCUCCAUAUCUUAUGUUUGGCCCACGUGAAUACACUCCAUACGAUGAAUCAUCGCUUGAUUUAAAGGCUGGUGAGGAGGACUUUGACUACGUGCGCAUGAUGGAUAAUGGUAAAAGUGAGUGGAACAAUCUCAAUUCACUUCCAGGAAUGAUAGAGCAGCAGCCGUAUCAACAGCCAGCAUAUAUACCGGCUACUGCUGCUGCUGCUCCCAGUUACGUCCAAUUGGCCAGUCAAUCAUUUCCACUCGUCAAUUAUUAUUCACCAUCGCAAGUGACCAGCACGACCAUCUCUCGGAAUGCCAUCCCACUAGAUGUGCCCUAUGCCAAUGUUCAACGUGCAUCACCAAACUUCCUUGCUGCUCCCGUAUAUGAUGCUUACGAUUCAACGGCAAAUCUGAACAAUGUUUUCGGGGCGCUGCAAUGUUUCAGUGGUGAUAUGACGGUUGAAACUCCAGAAGGCAUAAAAUCAAUUCGUGCAUUGCGAAUUGGCGAUAAUGUACUUUCAAUUGAUGGCUCAUCGGUAACAGCUUACUGCUCCAUAAGUGGCCAUUAUCUUUCAAUUUUAUGCAACAUUCAUUUCCAAUUCCUAAUUUUACGAAUCUUCUGCAUAAAUUUUCAGGAAUUCUUUACUUUGGAACAAAACAUAAGCUACUCACCAGUGAUAAUGUUUUUGCACCGACUCGACGACGAAAUAGCUGAAUUCAAUUUAUUGACAAUGACUGAUUGUUGUGAGAAGAGGAACGAAACAAAUCACUUGCAGGUUGUUGACUCCGGAAUCUAUGCGCCCUUAACAACAACCGGAAAAAUCUUCAUCAAUUCUGUACUGUCCUCAUGUCACAGUAACGUAGUGCUAGAAACAUUGCAACAAACAUUUUUCACACAAAUCAAACGUUUCAAUUCGUGGUUUAGAGAAUGGUGGACGAGCACCGAACAGGACAAAUGUGAUUCAUCAAAAUGUGAUGAACAAUUACAUCUACCAUUCGGUGUUGAAUAUCUAACCACAGUGCUUGACUUAAUCGUACCGCAUGAAACGUUCAUGCGUUAA